GGUUUAUUACGGUAGAAUCUUAGCACUGUAAAGUUUCCCUUCAGUUUCAUUUUAUCAACAAUCAUAAGCACAUGCUAAUCCCGUCGAACAAGAAAAUCGCUGUGAAGAUGUUGUUAUAGAAAGGGAUGUGAAUGAUAAUCUUAUACACAACUGUGAUGAAGUGAAAGUGAAUGUUAUACAGUAUUAAGUUGUGGGUUGUUUCAGACUACGGAAGACAGAUCACAGUAAACAACUAACGUUACAGCGCUUUCAAAGUUCAGGUGAUCAUGUGUUUUUCUUCCGAAAAGCACAGCUACAUUCAGUGAGUUUGUUGGGUCAUGGCCCUCUCAUCAGUUCUUCCGGUUUGGACACGUGAAUGGGAUGAAGAGCAGGUGCAGGACGAGUUUACCUCUGCAGCUGUUUUGAGGGGAGCGUUGGUGGCCCUGAGGCCCAAUGUUGAGCGAGUUUUUGGGGUGACACUAAAUAUCGAUGGAGGUGAAGACACGUUCUCUCAGGAUGGACAGAUUUGGCUGCGUUUACGCGGGGUCGGCAGAGAUGUGCGGGCAGCAAAGCUUUUUGUGAAAGGUGUCGUGAAUCAGGAGGCACAACAGGAGUUUCCGUUUCCUGAAGCCCUUCACUGUGUGUUCUGUGGCGCUAAAGGACUGUUCAUGGAUUGCCUGAUCAAAAAUACCUCAGCACAUUUAGUGGUGGGAUCUCAUGGCUGUCUCCUCAUCACUGGACUGGCCGAACCGGUGGUGAAAGCGUACUCGUUCAUUACAGAUCUGGUAGAGAAGUACAAGAGCAGCCAGGGCCGACGUUCCGAGACCGCAAGCGAAUCCUUGGAUUCGCGCCGGCACUUUAAGUGCAUGGUGGAAAGCCUGGAGGAUCGUCACACCCUUGAUCUGCUGGUGUUACCCAUGAUAGUGAAAGAGGCUUUGUUAGAUUUGGUGAAGGAGGCUGGACUGUCUGGACAGAGAGGCCAUGAAGCUCUUAGGCCAGAAAGUCAUCAGAUGACUGCCAAUGAAGUUGAGUCUGAGGAACAUAAACCUGCGGAAAGGCCCGUCUACGGAAACACGAUGUGCACAACCCCACAUUCCCAAAGUUCGAGUCUUAUUUCACAAUCUGGCCAUCACAGAGCUAAUGGCAUGGAUGAUUCGUCUACAAGAAUGACAGAUUUUGGAGGCAAAUUUUCCAACGGUGUCGUCCCGGUCUCGGUGCACAGAAAUCUUCUGGAGAACCCAGAGGAACCGGAACGAAGUUCACCGCAAGAAGAUGAAUCUGAAAUGCCUCCACGAGAGACUGUCCUAUCAUCUGAAGGGAGCAGAGAUGAGCACCUGAUCAAGUUUUUCACGGCUAUGGGCUUUACGAAGGAAGUGGUACAGCAGGUUCUGGACCGCAGUGGCCCCAAAGAAGCAUCGCAGCUUUUAGAUUUAAUAGAGCAAGAACAGGACAAAACUGUCGGGCAAAGAGGAAACUCUAACACGGAGACCCAGACUAAAGACCACGAGGCUGUGAGCAGCGGAGAAACGACCAGCGCAGGAGAACUGAGCGCUAAAGACAACGAUGACUUUGUCCUGGGUGUGUUAAAGAAGGCGGCAGCCACCUGUGGAUAUACAGAAGAGAGAGUUGAGCAGGUGUACAGCAGCCUGCAUGAACCAAACCCACACGAGCUACUGACCAAACUUCAGAGACUGGAGAUCAAAGUCACUGACGAGAUCCGAGGUGGUGAUACGAAAGCAGACAGAUGGAUCGGGGCAAAUUCAGCGACAACUGUGGAAAAACACGACACUGGAGAAAGAAAGAAGACCACUCUGACUGUGACGCAACCGGAAACAUCAAAGUGGGCCGACGUUACGCCGCAGGCACUCGCGGACUCCCGAAACCAGCGACCGCUUCAUGACAACCUUCUGUCAGUGAGAGGUCCACCACAGCCGACCUAUGCAUCAAGAACGGAUCUCGAAACCUUCAACGUACUUGACGUCGGCUCCAACAGACAGCCAAUGAAUUCACACUUCCGACCUUCUGAUUCACAUCCACAUCUCAGUUCCCAUAAAGGACCGAAGAUGUCCAGCUUUCAGCACCAGGACAUGCAGACCAAACAGAAACCAACGAGAGCACCGGCAGAAUCUUCAGCUGUGGUUACUGGACGUCAGAGAUUUCUCGAGAGCCUCAAGACGCCCUUUAAACUCGAGCUGUCAGACGACCCCGGUGAUGACAAGCUGCGUCAGAUCAUCAUUGAUGGAAGCAACGUUGCUAUGAGUCAUGGGUUGGGAUUUUUCUUCUCCUGUCGAGGCAUCGCUCUGGCCGUGCAGCACUUUUGGGAAAGAGGUCAUCGAAAAAUCACAGUUUUUGUCCCUCAGUGGAGACAAAAGAAAGAUUCUAAGCAUAAAGAGCAGCAUUACAUGAUUAAACUACAGGAUUUGGGUUUGCUGUCGUUCACUCCGUCCAGAGAGGUGGAGGGCAAAAGAAUAAACUCAUAUGAUGACAGGUUUUUGCUCAACUUGGCUCAGCAGACUAAUGGAGUUAUUGUGACCAAUGACAACUUGAGAGAUCUGGUGGAUGAAUCUCCUGCAUGGAGGGAUAUCAUAAAGAGAAGUUUACUACAGUAUUUGUUUGCUGGGGAUCUGUUCAUGUUACCCGAUGACCCAUUGGGCCGUGGUGGACCACACCUGAAUGACUUCUUGCAUACAAAAAACAGUAGUUUACCGGCUGCAGGUAGUCACACGUUUGCAGGUGUGACUCUUUCUCCUCCCUCUCCUGCUGCCCCGCGUCCUCACACUGAAGUACUGCAGUAUCGAGAUGUGACACCCGGGGGUCACCACAGCAGAGGUCAGAGGUCGAUCAGAUCAGGUGAGGGGCGAGGUCACGGUGAGGAUGUGAGAACGCCAGAGGAAACGCUACAGCUGAGACAGAGAUUGGCACAGAUCUUUCCAGAUCAGGAAAGUGUUAUUAUCAUGACAUUACAGUCUCACCCGUCAAUCAGAGACAUCAACCAACUCUCUGACUUCAUACUGACGUAAACUGAAGGCGAAAAUAUACAUUUAUAUACAUUAAUAUACAUAUAUUUUUAUGUUAUUUAAACUUAUGUUAAAAAAAAUCUCUUAAACAAUUUCUACUUGUUUUUAUAAGUUAUGUCAACUUCUUACAGGUAAAAAACAUCAAACAGUACGUUGUAAAACCAAGUUGUUUUAACUUCAUGCCGCAUUUUUUUUUAUUACAUCCAUCUGUGAUACAGUAUUGCAGUGUAAGAUGAGACUACUGACGAAACUAGCUGCAUUUCCAUUAAAGAUUUGUGCAAAACUUUCCCAAAAACUACUGCGAAAUGACAGCGUUUUCAUGAACUGAUUUUAUGUCACUAAAACGAAAUUUUGCUGUCUGCCAAUAAGUUUUUCCAAAAACAAUGGUUUCCAAAAAUAUGUUUAAGCACGCAUGAGGUGCUGUUUGAUUGUGAAUGUGAAUAAUGGGAGAUGGAAACGCAUUUGCUGAAUAAAUUCUGCCGUAGUGAACAUUAAACCCACGUGACUGAUAGUCUAGCUGUCGCUGUCUUUAUCAUAAAUGGGGCUUGAUGUCGUCGUAAUGCCCUUGCUGUUAGUGCCUGCAUCAAAAACUCUGAAUUCCUUCUUCUGUGCACAGCAUUCAGUUUAACAAUUACAAGCUGCACUGAUAGUAAAUUUAUAACUUACCCAAUCAUAACUAAAUGCAGUCAUGUCUCCAUUUUUUUAAGCGUGCCUUGUUUUAUUUACUGUUGAUUACUAGGUUAACAAUACAACCGUCAUUCACUCAAACAACUUGAUGGAAACAAACUGAAUUCACAUUUGUUUGUUUUUCUUUUUUUUGCGUAUUUUGAAAAGAUUCGGUUUAUGUUUGGAUGGUCAUGAUGCCAUCCACACGCCGGUUCUUGUGACACCACAUGAAGUCGAACACACCUCUUCUGUCUUGUAAUUAAACAUACCGCGCCAUACUUAAAAAAAAAUCAUGUGACUUUUAUGCACAUCAAGACAUUUUACAUUGCAUUUGCAUUGCAUUUUUUCUUCAAAAAACAACCUUACCCAAGAUGAAAACUCUUUUGCCUUAUAUGGAAGUAAAGUCGGACUUGCCGCAUUUUUCAUUCCUUAUUACAUUAUUUGCACAAUUUAAAGGGAAAUGGAAACGCAGCUACUGUAAACACUAAUGCUAACAAAUACAGUACUGAUCAAAAGUGAUGUCCAACUUUAGGAAAUGAACAGUGAUAUAAAAUUAUUAUUAUUAAAGAUGUGUUUGUGAAUUGGGUAGUUGUGUGUGGAGUGUAAAAUAAAACUCACCUUGGCAAGGAGGCAAAAAAUUAUACAACACACGAGCAAAGCUUAUUAAGUCAAAGCCCUUGAGAAUAACCACUGUACUUAAAAACAAGAGAAGACCAACAACAUAUAAUAUAAAUAAUAUAAAUAACUUGAGCUUUCUGUGCAUUUAUGACAUCUAAAAAGUCUAUCUGUAUAGUUGAACUUUUUGCUCAAUAACUUUAUCAAAUAAAUACAUUCACCAAGUUUCUCUAUUAUGUUUCAUAUAUUAAUGUUUUAAUUGAAAUCGAGGACUCAUUAAAAGCAAAUAUUGUUUUAUAAUCUAAUCUCUGGAUAUCACUUUUGUUCACUUCUGUAUAUAGCAAAUGAAAUGCGGUUCAUGUAAAAACUGAAUAAUGAUUAUCAAUGAAUUAAACAUAUAACCAUUACAUCUGUUUAUCAUCACACACAUAAUGAUGAUGGAUUAUUAACCAGACAAGAGUUUAAAUACUCAUCAUGUUUCUCUGUUAUCUUAAAGCCAUUGGGUUAUAAUAUUGUGUUUGUACUUCAGUUUCUCUGGACUUUUUUUUAUUUCCCAGAUGAAGAUGAUGUCAUAGGGAUAUAGGGAUGAAGAAACUACAACAAAUAAUAUCAGCAAAAGAAUAUAUGAACGGGAUUGUUUUAAUGUAAAAUAUUAAUUGACCACAAAAUUACUUUACUUACUCAAUGAAUGUUUAUGUAAGACACAAAUUCAAUAAAAGUAUUUAAAUAACUUAAAAGAUCUUAUCUGACAGAAAGAUAGAAAGAUGGUGUCUGAUAGUCAUUCACGUGUAUUUAUUUAAAAUAAUUUGUAUAAGAAUUGUAAUCUGUACACAAUUCAUUGAAUUUGAGAGUUUACAGAAGUUUUAGAAAGUGCAAAUUACCAUUCAUUUUUUUAAAUCAUGUGUUUACUGUUUAUCUAUAUUUUAUUAAAAUUAUUAAACCAAA